AUGUAUGACUUCACUUCCAACAUCUCUCAUCUGCUCUGCUGUAUUCCUUCGAAACGCAGAGCGGAGACAAGUGACGACAACGCUCCCUCUACCCUAACAACGUUUCAAUUGCCAGCAUCAACGCUCUCCGUCCAUCUACCUCAUAAUACAGUACCCCACAGCUUGAGCGACUCUCACAGCGAAGAUGCUCGAGCACUCCAUCAUAUCUUCAGCUCCUCAUCGUCCGUUAGAGGCUACCAAACAGCCGCAACGACCCCGGGCUAUGUUCCCACAAGUCGGCCUUCACUUGACCUUGACUUCAAAUUUGGAGACUCGAGUUUCCAAGUGCCGCCCAGCCGUGCAAGUCAAAUUGGCAAUCGGAUCAAGCAGAGGCUUUCCGAAAGCCGUUUGAGCAAGGCGAGCUCGAGAUUGAGCAAGCAAGAGUCGUCACAGAAGGACAAUACUUUAUCCGAGAUCACGGAGACCCAGGCGAAACAGACCAUAGACGGUGACAAUAUCGCAACCAGCCAAUCGAGCGCGGGUCUGUCCGAGCUUCUAGCAUCCGGCAAUGUCAGCCGGGGUGGGUACGACAGCGACGCGAGAAGCCUCAAUAGCCCAGUGCUAAGCAGUAACUCAGGCACGAUAAAAAUUGGCUCAGGUUUUGUCAAGCAUGCCCUUGAUAGGCUUGAGCACAAUCUUCAGCCACUUGUGUCCCCAAAAGGAGAUACCGAUGCCUGGCCUAAGGCAGAUGAUGUGCGGUUCCCAUCUCCCGCCCACGAAAAGGCUCAAUCCUCGCCCCUACCUGUGACACCGAAGAAGACGUCUUUCAUGGAGGCACUGCAGAUUGGAAACAAUGAGUCACCCACAGAUGUUCUACGCCGUCUCAGCGCCGGACUGGCCAAUGGAACAAUCAAUACACCUGACACACCUGAGCUUCGAGCCGCCCGCUUGCCCAGUAUCAAGGAGUCAGACAACGGUUGGCGACUGUCAGCUCCGAAGCGAUCUUCUAGUCUACCUCGAAGCCAGACCGACGUACAGACAAGCAUCCAUCGGCUUAGCCAGACCAUCAAUUCCGCCAGGAGAGCUGAUCAAGCACAUAGUGACCAGCAUAAGAGGCGCACCAGUCUAAUAUCAGAGCUCGACCAGUCCGUGCUCGAUUACAUCGAUAAGUAUAAUCAGAGAUAUUCCGAGUCUGGUCGGCGGGCCUCAACCGGAAGUGAGCAGGAUCUCCCUCCUGCGAGGUCAGCUGUUGUCGCUACACAGUCGAUGUCGCCUCCUGUCUUGGAAGCUGGUCAGAUCGUUGUCAGUCCGGCAGCACCCCCUACAGUCGUCCGCGACGUCGAUCGCGAUUCCCUUCAUCUGUUCAAUAUGCGCAUCUCGCAACGACUUGCCAGUCACUCUCAAAUUCCUGUCAGCUCCCCGGCCUCGUCUCUGAACGCAUCAUGUCAGUCCGUUGUACCCAAAGCCGAGAAGAGCCAGCCGCACAGUGAAAGAGUCUCUUCUAAUUCUCAACCAAGACGUGUCGUCAGCGAGCACAAUCGUCGGCCAUCUGACCCUCAGACCCGUCGUUUCUUUGAGGGUCUCUGUGGCAAAGAUCAAAGUCAGAGCUGGAAGACCAUAACCUCUACUCAAAGCGGCAAUUCUCGUGUCAAUUCGCAAGGCAUGAGAGCUCUAGCACAGGACAAUGCAAGCUCCUGCUACUUGAGUAAGGACGAAGCUGAUGAACAAAGCCACACCAGCCCUGUCAACAGCACGAAGCGGAACUCUCACAUUAACCCUCACAGCUUUGCCAUUGGCGGGAGAUCGCUUUCAGGGGUGACGUCCUUGCCGAGAGCCGGUCCUCAUCAUCUGUCACCAGCUGACAGUAGAUGGUCCCAACAGCUUACAUCACAAAAUAUCAGGUCAUCGGGCGAUAGCUGGCUUGCUCCAUCACACGUCUACCAACGUGGCCGCAGCGCAAGCAUGCCUCAGAAACGACUUGGCCACGACCAUGUGAGCCCAACGCCUAUUUCGAGGAAGGGGAUUCGUGAAGCUACUGCAGCUGCCGAAAACUUGAGCGAGAUCAGCCUGGAUCAUGUACUCGAUCGUCGGAAUGAGAACAUGACCGAGAUCAGUGCGCAAGACGUCAAGUUGAAACCCGAGGAGCAAACUUCAGAGAUUGACCAUACGAAAUCAUCAAUCGCAGGCGACGGAACCGCGCAUUUGCAGACACGGCAUCGACAGAACCCGGACGGCAGACCCGUCGAGGCCAAGAAUUUGCGAGUUGAAGCCGCGUCGCCCGAGUCUGGGGUCAGUGCUUCGGAUGCCCAUGAGAGGGGCUCUAAGCAAGGCCUCGAGGAAAACAGCGUGUACAAGUCUGCCCUCCCUGCGAACAACAAGCAUGAACAUCAGAGCGGGCACAUAUCCUCGCCAUCCAGCCUCGAGGCCGGCAUUUGGGAAAGCAGAGGUCUACGCACAUCUCUUUGUUCAUCUCGCAGGUCACGAAGUGCAGAUGACCUCCGACGGCUCUCGGCAUAUGUGGGGAAUGUUGGUAGAGAACUGCCUGGUUUAUCGACACAUUUACAGUCUCUGAAAACGCUGCCGGCCAUGCAAGAUCUCCAUGAUGAAGCUGCGACGGCUCCGAGCAAGACUCCGAAAGAGAAGCAGCGAAAGAAGAGUAUACUCGACCUCAAAAGACACUUUACAAAUGGCACAUCGGAGUUCAUGGACAAUUCUGGAACACCAUUCAAGGAUCUCAUUAGUAUGUGGUCUCGAUUUCCAUCUCAUACGCGCAUCGAUCGAAAUGGCCCGGCGGGUAAGGGUGAUAGAGUCUUGGCCAGGGACUUCGUAAUCCCGGUCACGGAACCGGAUUCUAAGCAGGUUUCAACACCCAGUAAAGGCACCGGUCUCGGAUCGGUAGGAGGUGUGAGAUUUACAAGGCUGUGGACACACGACAAGGCUAAAGACAAGAGCAUGACACUGAAAGAACCAUUGGCACUCAACUCAGCGGCACGAGCACGCAAGGAUCAAGGGGGAAUCUUUAGCAAGUGGAAGCGAUUGUAUCGCAGCAGCAGUUCGGACCUACGCCAGUACGCCUUCAAUCGUGGUCACCGAAGCAGCAUCGGUCUAGGGGAUGCAGUGGAAUAUCCAGAACUGGAGUGCUUGCCAGGCGAGGGCAUGUUCACCGAAACCAGCGUGCAGCGUUUACAAGCAAGCCUUAUGGUCAAGUUGAGUGAGGAAGCAACGGGACCAUCGUUGGAAGCAGAGACUCCUACCGGGCCGUUGCCCAAGUCCAGGCCAGCAGCCGUCGACUGGGGAAAGUACUACGGUGACUGCAUCGGCGGCUUGUCAGCGUUGAAGAGCGAGACCGAAUUGGAGGUCAAUAGUACGUUGAGUAGUGGCGGGCCCACCGACACGAAGAGCUUGGAUGUGCGUGACAGCACUGUCAAUUUUCAGGAAGCACUAGAUCGAGAGCAGGAUAAGCUGAAGGAACAGCUGAUGGAAAAGAUUAGCAAAUUUGACGGUGCUGCGAACGAUGGGAACGAUCCGGAGCACCGCCGUGAGAAGAGGGCCAGCACGACUACAACUGCGACGAACGACACGGUACUGGCGAGCUCAAUCCGUACCAAAGACGUCAAGAUCCCAGGCAGUUUUAGUUAG